AUGCCCGCCGUCAGAACUCCUACCAGUGCGAGCAGCGCAGCUUCGACCAUCGGCGCUGGUAAAUCAAGAAGCAAGGCUGGCGGUCAAGCUUCCGUGCAGAAGCCUCCACGUCUCUUUCCAAACACAAAGCCAGUCAAGCCAGGAAGCAAUUGGUCCAAGCUGAGAAAGGUGAGCUGAGCUUACCUGAGAACCUUGCCUCAUGAUUUCAAGGGUGAGCUGACCUUUUCCCCUCCGGCUUACAUGCUUCUUGACCCACCCACCACAAAGUCUUUACCAACCAACGGAUUUGCUCAAGCCGAAGCUUUGCGCAAGAAGCGGCGAUUAUCGUCCGCGCAAAUGUCGGAGCUUUCAAGAAUCUCUUCACCGGAAGCUUCUUCUUCCAGAAAUGCUUUUGGUUCUCCAGUGCCGACCACUUUACCCUGGUUCGCCGAGGAUUUGGACCCGGAGGACCUGGAGAUGGUCAGGCGGAGCCAUGCGGAUCCUUCUGCUCUUCUUGAUAAGGGCAAAACCCCUUUGAAGGGAAGCGGAGUGAUGAGCGAUGAGGCACUCAAGAUGCAAGUGAUUCUUGGAGGUAAUUCAAAAGAUUCGGAGGGCAAGAGAGAGUGAGUGGACACACACGAACACAGCAGCACGAGGGGCACGCAUACUCAUUACUCGCCCCCCUUUCCCUCGUGUGUCGUGCGCCAGAGUGGGGCAAUACCUGGCGCUGGACUGCGAAAUGGUAGGAGUGGGAGCUCAAGGCUCCGAAUCGGUCUUGGCAAGAGUAUCGGUGGUGAAUUGGCACGGGCACUGCGUGCUCGACACCUUCGUCAAGCCCAAAGAAGCAGUGACAGACUAUCGGACAUGGGUGUCUGGCGUACGAGCAGCGAAUCUAAAGAACGCGCCUUCGUUCGAAGAGGUUCAAGAACGGGUCAGCAAGCUGAUCCACGGCAGAGUGCUCAUCGGGCAUGCGGUGCACAACGAUCUGUCCGCUCUGCUCUUGGAUCAUCCUCGUAGAGAUAUACGCGACACGGCGAAAUUUCAACCUUUGCGAGAUCUGGCCAAAUCAAAGUAUCCAGGUUUGAGGAAAUUGGCAAGUCUGGUGUUGGGCAUCGACAUUCAAAAGGCUGGCAGGUCUCAUUCUUCGAUCGAGGAUGCUCAAGCUACCAUGGCCAUCUAUCGUACUCAACAUUCCGCCUGGCAAAAAUCUUUGGGCCGCAAUGUACCCACGAGCUGGGAGGUGGAGGAAGAGGCGGACGAAGAGCUGGCCGAUACGACCGCUGAUGGUGCUGAGCCUCCUCGCGUCGCGUCGGCGCAGCACAGUAGCAAGCCCCUCAAGAAGCCAGCAAACAUAAUUCAACCUAGACCUAGAAAGCCUUCGGCGACGAGCAAUAGGCCCGCACAAGCUCGAGCGAAGCACACCGCUGCUCCUGGCUGGUGGAACGAAUGA